UCAAACAGCAUCCUUUCGCUGAAUUGUUUUGUAAACCCCCGGAAAAUGCCGAAAGUUGUGUCCCGCAGUAUCGUGUGCUCGGAUUCGAAGGAUAAGGAAGAGUACAAUGAGACCGGCCCGCUGAACAUUUACUACUGUCUGUGUGGGCAAAUGAGUUUGAUUUUGGAUUGUACGCUGGAAAAGUUACCGCUCCGGCAGCUGGAUGGAGCCCGCGUUAUCGACAGUGCUCGGCAUGCGAACAAGGUGAAUGCCGAUGCGAGUGAAACGGUUUUUAUCCAGCGGACGGCAGGCAUCGAGAAGCAGCAUCGGCUGAAGUGCAAAAAGUGUGGCCUUCCGCUGUACUACCGACACUCCAACGACCCGCAGGUAACGUUCGUCAUACGCCGGGCGCUCGUGAAGUGCAAGAGUGAGGCAAGGAUUUCCGAGUUCAUCAAAACGCCCAGCAGCAGCCUCAAUCCGUCGCAGGAACCGAAGAAGGUGAUGGUUACGAAGCACACGAAAAACAUGGGCAAAUUCAGUUCCGUCACCGUGUCGACCAUCGACGAGGAGGAGGAUGAAAUCGAAGCCCGAGAGGUAGCGGACAGCUACGCCAACAAUGCGCGCAUUAUCGAGAAGCAGCUGGAGCGGAAGGGCGGCAAAACGAAUGAGGAUGCGUUGAAGGAAAAGAUCGAGCCACCGCCGGCGAAAAAAACACGCGGCACGUUGAUUGAUACGUAGGUUGGAUGGAUAGGAACGGCGAGGCAAUAAAGAAUGCAAUGACCUGCAGCAAAACAAGUAACCGAAACAAAGCUAAUGCUUUCACCUUGAUCGCACCUCAGCGCCUAGAUAAUGUUAUCUUUCGCGGCUUAAGCGCGAUGUACGCCAUUUAUUUGGUAAACACAAGAUAGUCGAACAUCGAUCUCGUGUUUUUAAAUUAGAUUUUGGCAACAAAAAACCGCACCGCAAGAUGAGAUCAUCGUAAUAUUUUUUUUGUUAUUACACAUAAUUGUUUGAUAAUGAAUAUUCCAAACAUUUCAAUACAAAGGAGGGUUAAAAAUGAAAAUUUUUCACGAUACAAAAGAGAAUCGAUCGAUGGUGUACGGAGAUAACGCAUACUUUCCCCUAUUGAUCAGCCUUGAUCGGCGCCCUAAGAAUGAUCUGGAUUCUGUUGAUCGAGCGAAAGGAACGGUGUGCCUGGAGU